AUUCCGUUGCCAUCUCCAUCUUCAUAGCUUCAAUACCUGAAUGUCAACCGAGUUUGAACAUGGCAUCCACUAUUGCUAACAAGUCGCCUACACACGCUAGCGCAGGCAAGAUCGUUUUACACGGUCUUGGAACACUUUCCUUUUCCUAUAGCUUUUACCUCCUGACAACCUGGGACUCAGCAUACUCAGAUUCUUUCGGGUGGUACUUUCAGCUGCUGACUGUUGUGGGACUCACCUUAUCUCUCAUCACAUCUACCCUUGGCCUCAUCACAGACCUUACGAGACACGAUGGCUUCUCAAGGACCAAGGAUACCAUCUCACUUCUUGCGACGCCUCUCGAAGUCAUGAUCGCAGUCUUGUACUGGUCUAUCAAAUUCCACGAUCCAUCUCUGCUCAUGCCAGCCGACCUUGUCAUCAAUCCUUGGGCUGAUCUUGGAUACCACCUGGUACCCGCAGUGCUAUUGGUGCCGGACUUGCUUCUGUGCAGUCCCCGAGCGACUGUCACGACGAGGAGCAUGAUGUUCACCAGCACCAUCUUGGCUGUCGUUUAUUGGUGCUGGAUUGAAUCAUGCUAUUACCAAAACGGCUGGUAUCCGUAUCCCAUGAUGGAUCAGUUCAAUGCCAUUCAGCGGGUUGCAGUCUUCGUUGGAUCAUCAGGGUUACUUACCUUGACAUCCUCUUCUCUCCAAUGGGUGCACGGCAAGGUGCACAGUCUCGAUGUGACGAAGGUCAAGCCGAACUAAAGAUGUCAAACCAAGUAAGGUCACUAAGAAAGAGAUGUCUCAGAGGAUGUGGAGAGGCAGAUUUCUACUCCAGUUUUGAGGUUGUCAACCUAGUGAGUCAUUGCGCUGUAGUAUUAAGGGCUGUACAGGCCCUAUUCAGCGAACGCCAGGCAGUGAAAGAAACUCAUUGGCUGACCAUUGGGCCCAUGGAGGCCGGUGUUUAGCGUCCAGUGAAUCAGCUCAGUGAAUUUGGAGCAUUAUGAUAACAUCAGAUCAAACUUUAGAAAAUAAACUGGAAAUAAUGACAGCAUAUCAGGCCCAGCCCCUACCCCGAAUCAUCAAAAAUGGAGUUCAAACAUGAUAAGAGUCACUGG